AGUUCGGCGUGAACGGGUACAAGUAAUAGGUAUUCAUAUGUCCAAUGUUAGAAAUCAAGAAAGAUAAGAGAAUAGCAUUUAUUCCUCUCUCUACCCGUUCUGUGUGAGCUUCAGAGGUGAAGCAUUCACUUAAAAAAAGAGGCUUCUGAGUAAAUCCCAAGUAUGAUUCCGAAGAGCACAGUCAGAAUAACUGCAUUGCUAUGGGCUGACGUAUUGGUGCUGUACGCCUUGUUUGAGAUGCAAGACUAUCUCACUAAAGUUUGGGGCCUAAGUUUCACCCAUGCUGCCGGAAUCAUCAACAUCUGGAACGGGAUCUCGUUGCUUCUCCAGCCUCUCUUCCUCUACGCCGUGUGCACCUUUCUUGGGAACUGGCGCAUGCUCGUGCUCUCCAGCUCUUCCUACACUCUGGGAAUAUGGUUAGUGUUCAUGUCAGCUCCUCCGGUUCUUGCCAAAUCAACGGGCACGUGCAAGCAAUACAAGGAGGAAUGCAUAGGCAACACACAAAAGGCUUUCCUCUACACGGGGAUGGCAUUGAUAGCUGUCGGAGUAGCUGGCAACAGCGUGUCAGUGGAGUCAUUUCUCAAAGAACAACCAGAAAAAUCUGGUGGUGUGGCCAUAGGUAGGUGGAGGAUGCUAGGUGUGGCUAUGGUGGCUAUUGUAGGCGUAGUAGGAGGCAUCGCGCUCCCUUACAUAAAGCCAUGGACCUACCGGUUUGGAAUCCCCGCGGUCUGCACUGCUAUUGUUGGCAUAUCCUUUCUCACCGGUUUAUGUGAUUGUUGUAUCCCUUUCGAACUCGUUGGGCCGAAAGAGGACCGGGUACAAAACAUGUUCAAAGUGUUCUCCUGUCGUAAGUUACCAAUGUGGUUGACCUUCUUCGUGUGUGGGAUCAUCACCUCAACCGGCAACACGUACUUUGUGGAGCAGGCAAAGCACCUGGACCGGCACCUAGGAUCGUGGGAGGUGCCUACGCAGGUGCUGCUGCUGGCUCAGAAUUGGUUAGGCAAGUUGGUUGGGCAUUUGGUGUAUGUAGCGUGGGAAUGGAGAGGGCAUGGGUUUGAUAAGGCUAAGAUAUUCGGGGUGCUGUGUUGCGUGGCGGCUGCAGGGAUGGAGAGCAGGAGACUCUGGGUUGUGAGGAGCAACGGGUUGUUGGAUAAACCCAAGGAAGAUGUCCCAAUGAGCGUGUAUUGUCUGUUGUUGCAGUACGUGCUGCUGGGAGGCAUGGGGACGUUGUUGGAGAAUAGUGUGGCGAAGUUUGAUGAAGAAGGGACAAGCGGUGAAGCUGAUGCGAACAAGUCGAAGAAAUGGUGUAGUGAGAUGGUGUCGGGGCGGGAGAGGGGGUGGGCUGAGAUAUUUAGCAGGGGGGUGUCCGGGAUGGGGUUCAUGUGUGGCGUGCUCUUGGUUUUUGUUGUGGGGAAAGUAACCAGCUGGUUCCACUUCAACUUGAACCGGAGUCAUUUGGACCGCUAUUAUUGGCUACUCGCGGUAUUGAGUGCAGCAACUUUAGUUCUAUAUGGCGUGGUGCGCGCCUAUUUGCUGCUGCGUUGACAUUUUCUGUUUAAUUUGUGUAUUACUAUCAUGUCUCGAUUAGUAAUAUUUCAUAAUACCAAUGGUUUCUGCUUAAAAAGUCCGCGAAUUUAAUUGUUUUCUUAUGUAUGCUGAGCGUGUUUUUACCUCA